AUGGAACCAGAAUGUUGUCGACUUUGCUUGAAGACUGAUUCAACGCUGAAUAGCGUAGCUUCCCAGGAGCUUCCUUCGUCAGAACAUGGAGGUAAAAUUUCGCUGGGCACUCUUAUUCAGCAGUAUAUAUCAAUCAAUCUAAAUUUCAUCACAUCUGAAGCUAGGAUCUGCGAAAUGUGUUUUACGCACGUAAAAGAGUGGCAUUUAUUUCGCGAGAGCUGUCUAGAAAUCGAUCGCAAACUACAAAAACAGCAUAUUAAAUUCGAAGAAGUGAUCACUGCCGAGUCUUACGAUCUACAUUCAAUUGAAUUCAAUUCAAUCAAUGAGAUAUCAUCGAAAACCCUAAAAGACGUCGAAGAAGAUCGGUUUGCAGACAAUCUCGAAGAAGAGUUAAGGCAAUGUUAUCCGGAAUCUGGCAUCAGCAAGGGGGCUUCAAGUGAUCUGAAUACUCCAAACAGUCGCCGCGAAAAAACACGAAGAAAAACACGCACAUCAUAUAUUUCAAAAGCCACGCGUGGUCGCACUAAAAAUACUAUCCAUGAAGUAAACCGUAGCAAACCAGUGCAGCAUGAACAGGCUAGUCGAAAGCAACGAGUGUUGCCGAAAAUCUGCACUAUUUGUGGAAUGGCGCGUACUGAUAUGGCCGCACACAUGCGAUGGCAUAAUAAUGAACGACCAUAUCAAUGUCCGCAUUGCCCUAAAAUAUUUGUGAAUAGCUCUAACCUUAAGAAUCACAUAAAUUUGCACACUCGCGAAAAAAUGUACAAAUGUGACCUCUGUGAUAAAGAAUUUCCUAGCUCAACCGGACGCAGCAAACAUCGAGAAACGCACACCACCGAACGAACGCAUCUUUGUGCCAUCUGUGGGAAAUCGUUUAAAUAUCGCGCAUCCCUUGCCCGCCAUAAAAUAAUCCAUUUUGAGGAACCCAAAGUAAAAUGCACCGUGUGCAAUAUGAUGUUUUUGACAAAGACUCGAUUAACGAAGCACGUUCUAGUUCAUCUGGAUAAGAAACCCUUUAGUUGCGAAAUCUGUGGCCGAGCAUUCAAUCGUAAGGACAACUUGAAGACCCACAAGAGAACGCAUACGACAGCUGAUGUAUUACCGAAUAAAUCGAAUAGUGUUACUUCUAACCCGCCGUCAGGUUGA